AUGAAGUGGGCUACUAUCACCACGGCUUUGUUGCCAUUGGCCUCGGCCAGCGGCUUUACUCGUCAGGAAUAUGCCUCGGGAGAGGUCAUGGAGCUGAUGAUGAACGGCAAGGAGGCUGCAUGGGCCAAGCAACGUGCUGCUGGCAAGUUCGACAGCGCCAGGUGGAACGGCUUUGAGAAAAAGAGGACCGACAAGAGCGUUAUCAAGUGCAAGCUUGGUCGCGUUGAGGCUGUCAAGGACGAUCCAGACCAGACGUACAGGUGCAACAACAUUGACUUGUACGACUUCAAGACGCACGCUGAGCUCGGUGAUCCCAUUGGAGACGGCUCUGGAUCCUGGGGAUGGACACACCGUGGCCGUGAGUUUAUUGCCAUCGGCCAAACCUACGGUGCCUCCUUCUCUGAGGUUACCAGGGAGGGCAAACUUGAGUACCUUGGUCGUCUUCCCGCCCAGAAUGACUCCGUCAUCUGGCGUGAGAUUAAAGUCCUCGGUGACUCUCUUAUUGUUGGAUCCGAGGGUAUCGGCCACCACGUCCAGAUCUUUGACCUGAAGAAGCUUCUUAAGCUUUCUCCUAAGAGCCCUUAUACUUUCGACAAGGUCAAGGAUGUUGCCCUUGUCGACAUCAACCAGGGUAUCAAGGGCCGUACCCACACCGUUAUCGCCAACGAGGAGAAGAACUACGCCGUUGCCUGCGGUGCCGGCGGUCGACCAGGCCGUAACGAUACUUGUGCUGGUGGUCCCAUGUUCAUCAACAUGGAUGAUCCAACUAAGCCCUACGUCGAGGGAUGUGCGGGACAAGAUUCAUAUUGUCAUGACCUCCAAUGCAUUGUCUACCGUGGUCCCCACAAGAAAUACUACGGACGGGACAUUUGCUACGGCUACAACGAAGAUACUUUGACAAUUUAUGAUGUCACGAACAAGAAGGGUAUGGGCAAUGCUGGCGCCAUCAUUUCCCGCACCCCAUACGUCGGUGCUUCCUACACCCACCAGGGCUGGGUUAUUGACCCUUACUGGCAAACUCACCUUGUUAUGGACGACGAGCUCGACGAGGGUCAAAUCGAUCCCAACCGUACAGCCCCAGACUCACCUGCUCGAGACGGGUUUGCAGUAACCUACGUGGUCGAUAUCCAAAAUCUUGAGAAGCCAUUUGUUAGCGGCCACUACAAGACGACCACCCGUUCGGUCGACCACAACCAAUAUGUGUACGAUGGCCUAUCUUAUCAAUCGAACUACCAAGCCGGCCUAAGGAUCCUCGAUGUAUCGUCUAUCCCUCGCUACCCUGACGGUUCGAAGAUCAAAGAGAUUGCGUACUUUGAUGUGUAUCCUGGAGACGACGCGAAGCCUGGAGGCGGUGAUGCACUUUGGGAUGCUGGCACUUGGUCGGCAUAUACGUUUGAUUCUGGUUUUGUUGUUAUCAACACAAUCGACCGUGGCGUUUUCGUUGUAAAACAAGCUGACGUCAAGGGCCGUAAGAAGGGCAAAGGAAAAUUCUGGAAGGAUUAG